AUGGGGUAAUUAUGACAAGGUCCGUCACCUAUGGCGGGUUCCACGAGCCUUCUUCUUCUUUUUCCCCCCUCAACUCUCUCUGCACAAAACCAAACAAAAACAAAAGCAGAGCCCCCCCUCUGAACCAGUCAUUCAAUUUUUCACAUCCCCACACUCUUCACGCAUCUCUAUAAAAUCAUAUUUUUAAACAAUUUUUUUUCAUACACUCUGAAUUCAAUAACUAAAAUACAAAAAACCCAUAUCUCAGUUUCAUCGAUCUCAAACUAUUCUCUUCCGUCCCCCUCUCUCUCUGCAUGGACGGUCAUUUCUUGCUCUCUCUAAUCUCAACGGCACCAUGAGUGGAACUACUGGAUCAAGUUUCCAUCUUGGGUUUUUUUCUUCUUCGUCUUCUUCAGUUUUUGCUGCACUUUUUGUCUCUAAUACUAUUAUGGGCUGCGGACCUUCCAAAGUCGACGACUUACCUUUAGUAACCCUUUGUAAAGAACGUAAAGAACUAAUCAAAGCGGCGUCGAUUCACCGCUCCGCUCUCGCCGCUGCUCACGUUACCUACUUCCAUUCUCUCCGUGACGUCGGUGAAGCGAUCCGUAGAUUCGUCGAUGAAGAACUCGUCGUCGGAUCUUCGUCUUCCGUGGAUUCCCCUGUUCUCACAUUGCCUUCUGACGAAUUCAAAUCCUCAAAAAAGAACAAGAAGAAAGACAACAACAACUUACCUUCCUCUUCUUCAACUUCGCUUUCCCAUUCUCAUUCCAUUGAAGAAAACAGCAAAAAUACGAAAAAAGACACAGAAGAAAGUGAUGGAGAGGAUUCUCACUUGAAUUUGUCUUCUGGGUCACCUUCAAUUUCCGGUUCACGGUCUGGGUCAGGUCCCGGUUCACCUUCGGGUCAUGUUCAGAUCGAUCAUAGUCAUAGCCAUAACCGUAGCCCUGAACAAGAAGGACCAGCGCCGUAUGGCUACAACUAUGGCUAUGGCUAUGGCUAUGGCCAUGGCUAUGGCUUUGAAUACCCUCAUCCUCCUCCUCAAGAAAACUGGGGGUAUAAUGGUAAUUCUUCUUCGUAUACGUUUUACAUGAAGAAAUCUGCAACAUCCUCUCAAUCUUUUGUUUAUCAGGAGCCUGAAGGACAUUCAAGUUAUGGCUACUCAAGUUAUCAAAAUGGGGGAUUUUUUGGGUAUCCUUUGGGGUCUCCUAGAGGGGAAUAUAGAUACGGGCAGAGGAGCUCUCCGCCUGGUCCACCACAACCACCGCCAGAGCCGCCGUCUCCGCCGAGUGUUUCCACAUGGGAUUUUCUCAAUGUGUUCGAUACUUUUGAUAAUAGUGUGUACCCAGGUUAUUAUCCGGUGGCUAGAUACGGGUAUGGGUCGACUACAAGUAGUCCGGACUCGAAGGAGGUGAGGGAGAGAGAAGGGAUUCCUGAUUUGGAAGAUGAAACUGAGCCUGAGAUGUUAAGAGUGGCUCAUAAAGAGAAGAGGAAAAUAAUGAAUGAGGAAAUUAAUCAUAAUUAUAAUAAUAGUAAUAAAAAUAGGAAUUUUGGUGAAGGUACUUCAAAGUCAGUCCCAGUUCAGAAGAUUAAUAGUACUACUGAUGGAUCAACUUCAACUUCAACUUCAAAGGCAAUGCCAUCAAGCAAGAGUGAGAGCUUGGAGUCUGGUGGUCAUAUUAAGAUUAAUACAAGUAGUGGAAGUGCUGAAACAAUUGUUACAAAGAGUUCCGAGGAAGAGUAUGCAAAGAGUAAAAGGGUGAGUUUUGAGGUGGAAGAGGCAUCUAAUUUGGAUGUUGAGUCUUCCAAGCCAAGUAGUUUAACUACAUUGUCGGUUCACGGUACGAGGGAUCUCCAGGAGGUUGUGAAGGAGAUUAGGGAUGAGUUCGAGACUGCCUCUGGUUAUGGGAAAGAGGUUGCUGUAUUACUUGAGGUGGGCAAGUUGCCUUAUCAGCAGCGUAAAGGAACUGGGUUUAGAGUGAUCUUCUCCAGGAUCCUGUAUCUCGUGGCACCUAACAUGUUAUCAUCACAUCCACCCCCCAGAUCAUCUAUAAGAAUAACUUCUAGGACAAUGAAAAUGGCAAAAGAAUACUGUCAGAUAGCAGAGCAGGAUGAAAAGCCUAGAAAUCUUUCCUCAACUUUGGAGGAACUUUAUGCAUGGGAAAAGAAAUUAUAUAAAGAAGUCAAGGAUGAAGAAAGGCUACGGGCUAUGUAUGAGAAGAAGUGUAAGAGACUAAGAAUGUUAGAUGGCCAAGGAGCAGAGGCCCGCAAGAUUGAUGCAACACAGGCUUCAAUAAGAAAGUUGCUAACAAAAAUUAAUGUUUGUAUAAAGGCUGUUGAAGCUAUAUCAAUUAGGAUACAUAAGCUAAGGGAUGAAGAAUUGCAGCCCCAGCUCACUGAAUUGGUUCAUGGGUUGAUAAGAAUGUGGAAGUCCAUGCUUAGAUGCCAUCAGAAACAGUUUCAAGCCAUAAUGGAGAGCAAAGUUCGAUCUCUCAGAGCAAAUACUGCUUUUCAAAGAGACUCAGGAUUGAAAGCUACUGCUGAGCUUGAGAUGGAGCUUUUGGACUGGUGCACUCGCUUCAAUAAUUGGAUUAACACCCAAAAGGCAUAUGUUGGGUCGUUAUAUGAGUGGCUUAUGAGAUGCAUUGAACGGGAGCAGGAAAUAACUGCUGAUGGACUUGCUCCUUUCUCCCCAGGCCGGGUUGGAGCGCCACCAAUUUUUGUAAUUUGCAAUGAUUGGUACCAAGCAAUGGAUAGAGUUUCAGAAAAGGGUGUAGCGAAUGCCAUGCAUGAUUUUGCUUCCAGCCUACACCAGUUAUGGGAAAGACAAGAUGAGGAGCAACGUCAGAGGACCAGAACUCAAUAUCUCUCAAAGGAUUUUGAGAAACGGCUUAGGGAGUUACGGUUAGACAGGCAGAGGAUAGAGCAGGUGCAAGAUGCUUUAUCAGAUAAAGCUGCUGUUUCCAAGGUUCCCUCUGAAAGUGGAGUUUCACCACUGGAUGAUUUAAAGGUGGAUUUGGAUUCGAUGAGGAAGAAAUUGGAGGAAGAAAGAGCUAGGCAUAAGGAUGCCAUCAAACUAGUUCACGAUGCUGCUUCGAGCAGUCUACAAGCAGGUUUGGUCCCAAUCUUUGAAGCCUUGGGCAACUUCACCUCAGAGGUCUUGAAAGCGCAUGAGCAGGUCAGACUUGAAAAUGCUGGGACCUCCUAGCUUGGUAUCUCCCAAGGAAGAAUGCUUACCUUUUGUAUGUACAGUAGUUGCUAUGUGAGAUUAGAUUUGCUGAUAAAGAAUGUUAGGUAUAACAGAAAGUGACUUUGAAAAGACCUUGUCUGGGGUGGGGGUUGUAGAAUCAUUGAUACGAAGUUGAAAGUUGCCAGAAAGAAGUUUUCCCAGCAGAUGUUGGCUUGAAACCUUAAAUUGCCCUAGUCAGAAAUAACCCCUUAGGAUAUAGUUAGGUAGCAGUUUUGUACAGAAAAUAUUCAUUUAUUGGUUGAUUGGUUAUUUUUAGAUGUAUCGGUUGUAAGUUCACUGUAUGGGAGUAGGUUCGUAGCUGGGAGGAGACAUGUAUUGUAGUUCAGUAACUUAAGGAAAAAUUUUGAUUGAUUAGAUAUAUGGAUGGAAAGCUCUUUUUGGCUGCUUA